GUUCGUUUGAACGGAUCGUUCACUCACGAGCCAACAUUAGGUCCUUCUUUAUGUGACGUAUCUUUGCUUGCUAGAAAUUACAUUGCGCUAGCUGUUCGGAUCGAAGAAGAAAUAUGCUGUCAAUAUUUGACUCAAUUCCCACACAUAUGGAUUAUAAAGGCCAGAAACUGGCCGAACAGAUUUUCCAAGGGAUAAUCCUCGUCUCUGCGGUAAUUGGAUUUGUGUAUGGGCUUAUCAUUCAACAAUUUGGAUGGACUGUACUCAUAGUCCUGACUGGAUUUGCUAUCUCAUGCAUUUUGACCCUACCUCCAUGGCCAAUGUACAGAAUGCAUCCCCUACCUUGGCAGCCUGUUAUACCAGAGAGCAGUGGGGAGCCCAGCCAAAAGCCUCAGGAGACUCAAAAGAAAAAGAAGCAUAAAUAACUACUUAUAAUCUUGGUAGCUGACACAUUUUUUACAUUGGAAAUAUUUGUUGGAUUUAUCUUACAGCCCCAGGUGUUCGUCUGAAAUACAGAUCCAAUACAAUUUGUG